CCUUGCAAACUUUUGGAAACCCAGUGGACUGUUGCACUUUGCUCAAACGAAGCCAACCUCACGAGCUCCUGCGUGAGAUGUGUUGUGCCUUUCACUGGCUCCACUUGUUUUUUCCGAGUUGUUUGGCACUGUCGUCCUUUCAAGGACAGAACCUCAUUCAAUCGCUGCCUCUGCUUGGACGGCCUCUUCCUGAGGCACGAAUCGUGCUUCUCUUAGGUGCCUAAUCUGUCGCGUCUUUCUUGAUGAGUGUGCGGCUGGAUACAACUGGGUCCUUCCUUCCUAUUGAUGCCUAACUGCUCUACAGGCGGUCCCGGGGUCAGUGACAAUCUAUCGUCUGCUGCGACAGUGACCGUCUUCUAACUUUUGUACUGGUCUGCUGAAUGUAACCGCUUCUCCUUUCAUGCUUGUACUGGAGCUGCAUCAGCACGAGGGCUUCACCUUACGGGCAUUGGUGGAGUAAUGGAGUUAACUGCAAUCCGGUUGCUUUCCGAGAAUUAACCCCUGCAGUCCAAGUGCCUAUCGAUUGCUUCUCCAGCUAGAGGGUGCAGUGUGACGCCAAAUUCUGUCAAUUUUGUGGGUUCACAUGCGGAUUUCAGUGUCAUCUGCCCGUUUUUUAUGAGUUCAAGGCUGAGCAUUACGUAUAUAGAUAUGGUGUUCGAGAUCCACUCCUUUGUCUCUUCCGCCAUCACCUAGUAAUUCUGCGUAGAAUUUGCACAUGUCUUUCAUUCAGUAUGUACAAGCUGUGAUGGGAUUCAGGCCAUUUCUCGGCCGCGAGAGCCUUCAAUUGGGGAGAUGAUUGAAUAACUGAGGAUUGAAGUUGCAGCUAGUGAAUGGAGUUGUGGAAUUCGGAAUAUAGCGCCCGAGAGGAUCAAAUUAUAUUUAGUGGUGCAAUGAAGUUAUUACUCCCGGUGUUCUCUAAUAAUCUCUUUAGUAGUAUUUGUAUUGGACAGUAAAUAUUUGAUCAGCACAUGACGUUUUACUGCCCCUGUAGCGUCUCGUAGUGUAUGACUCUUGCUUGCGAAUCCCGUAACACUCCAGUAUCCAUCUACAGUCCCCAUGUGACGUGCACGCCUCAUCCAUGAUGAGUCUAUCUGUAUGUACCUCCACACCGUUCCUGCAGAGAUUGACUGCGCGUGUUUGAAACCGGACCUCUGUUGACCCAAUAGUCAGUAAUAUAUCUUAAUGAACGGCGCUCGAGCAUGCAUCGUGGAGUCUGAAAGAUUGGAUGGGUUUCUAAUGUUCUCCCGUGGUGGGCUGUCGCAGUUCAAGUGUCUGAAGCUAUUGCGCAUGUUAUCACUUGCGACCGAGACGAAAGCAUCAGCGGAUUGCGCAAGUUCCAGGUAUUUUGUGCCAGUCGAUGAGGUCGAUGAGGAUUCCCAGCCAAAAUUGGCGCUGGAUGCCAGCAGCUACAAUUCUAGUAUUUUUGUGGUGGCUUCUACCACAUGCAGUCCGCGGGCAAGACUUGGGUACAUGGGAGUUGCUAAUGGAAAACGCAGGAAUCGCUUCUAUGCAUACUGCCCUCACACGUUUUGGCACCUUGGUUAUGCUUGACCGGACGAACAUCGGCGCAUCUCAAAUCAAUUUGCCAGAUGGUAAAUGCAGAGCCAGCAAUGACCUGGUUCUCCAGAGCGAUUGCUCCGCUCAUUCGGUGGUUUUCGAUCCCGCUACCAAGACUGUCCGGCCCCUCUUCCUGAUGACUGACCCAUGGUGCUCGUCAGGGCAGUUCAUGCCCGAUGGAACGCUCAUGCAAACAGGUGGAGACUUUGACGGAUUAAGGAAAAUCAGGACGUUCGUUCCUUGUGAGCCUUCUGGCACCUGCGACUGGGUAGAGUCGACAACACAAGAACUGCAAUCAGGUCGUUGGUAUUCAACAAAUCAGCUCCUCCCGGACGGACGCCAGAUAGUAAUUGGCGGCCGAUCUGCAUUCAAUUUAGAGUUCAUCCCGCCAAACGCCAAUGGGCCUCUGUACUUCCCCUUUCUCAACGCCACUAACGACGACCAGAACGACAACCUCUACCCUUACGUUCACCUUUUGCCCAACGGGAACCUCUACAUCUUCGCAAACCGUGAUUCAAUAGAGUACGACUACUCAACCGACACAGUUGUGAGAACCUUUCCGCAGAUUCCAGGAGAGCCACGGAACUAUCCUUCGGCGGGUUCAUCGGUGAUUUUACCCCUAUUGGCGACGAACAACUUCUCUGUUGUUGAGGUUCUAGUGUGCGGCGGUGCGCAGUAUGGCGCAUACUUGAAUUCUAUUUCACAGAUGCCGUGCUCAAGCACUUGCGGGAGAAUUGUCGUUUCUGACCCCAAUCCUACGUGGGUCAUGGACAACAUGCCGUUUCCAAGGUGCAUGGGGGAUAUGAUUCUUCUGCCAACACGCGAUGUUUUGAUCAUCAAUGGCGCACAACAAGGGUCACAGGGGUGGACGAAUGCUGUAAACCCCACGUUCAGCCCCGUCCUGUACUACACCUACGCCAGCUUGGGGUACCGCAUGGUUGCCCUGGCACCUACGACAAUUGCUCGCAUGUAUCAUUCCACGGCCAAUCUGAUGCAGGAUGGCCGAAUUUUCGUAGCCGGCAGCAACCCCAACCAGUUUUACGUGUUUAAUGUGGAAUAUCCAACGGAGUUGAAGUUGGAGGCUUUCUCGCCUCCAUACCUUGCGCCAUCUCACGACCUGCAGCGACCGACUGUCACGGUGUCGCCAUUGCAGAUCACUUACAACACUCUAUUCACCAUAACCGUCGCAUUUCCUGUUCCCCUGACAUCUGAAUUGGAAAUCAACCUUGUGAAUGCGCCUUACUCCACGCAUUCUUACCAACAAGGCCAGCGCCUGGUGGGCCUCGCCGUGUCUGCAUUGGUGCAAGUCGCCCAGGCUAGCGUGUACCAGGUCACUCUUACAGCGCCGUCGACGCCGACUGUGGCGCCCCCGGGGUACUACAUGCUGUUCGCAGUGAACCAAGCCAUCCCCAGCAAGGGUGUGUGGGUUCUGCUGUCCACCUGAUGGAUCAUUCCAAACCCCUCAACAUCCGAGGCUAUCUCUCAGGAUGUAUUCCCUUCCACGUUGCGACCGAGCAGUGAUUGCGGAGACAACUUAACUCACAGCAGGAGCAAAAGUGACGACUGCCGUGAAUUACUUCAACCUCGAUCUCCCAAACAGACCAAAGACAAGUGCAUCUGUAACUUGUCUGUCACCGAUCGCCAAGAACACCUUGCCGCGCACAUCAAGGACAAACCAGCAAUUCUGCGGAGUUCACGAAGUAAAGCUGAUGGUUGGACGUGUACCUUGGGGCAGGGAAGGAGCAGAUCUUGUGCUGCGGGUUUCUGCUAAUUCCGUUCAGGAACGCCCAGAGUCCAUGAGUCCCGAGACUCCCAGCUAACGCGAGGUGUGUAUAUUCUACAUCAAUGCAUAUUAAAUCUAGAUCUUGAACUUGGGAAACCAGACUUGGUCGCAUGGAACAUAAGCCCCAGUGAAGUUGUGCUCUAAUUAUCGGAUAUGCAUCCUGCGAGUCUAGAUUCCAUCACUAGCUCGCAAGCAUUCUCGCUAACCCAGUGAUUCAACUUGUGCCACUGGCGUCUGGCCCUGCAAAUUACGCAUCAAUCAAUCAUUCCGAGUGCCUCUUCUCAUCGCAUCAUAUCCAGAUCCGUCCAACGCAAGGUUGGCUGGCAAAUCGUGGCAGGGAAUUUAUGAUCUCUGUUGUUGUUCAUUUUGUAGGCUCUUUAUUUGUUUGUCGUGAGUGUUUCAAUCUCCGGAGUUUCACAUUCCCGUAAGUACGUCGCGAAAUGGGUUUAUUUGACCAAAGAGUUGACGAAGAGAUCCGAAAGUUGGGUGGCAUAUUAGUCAUUAGAUAAAAUAGUCAAUUUGUAGAGGGAACGAAUAGGAAAAAAAUUGUACUGUUUAUCAAAAUAUAUAUCAUGAAUUGUAAGACUGGGAAAUAAAAGUUGAGGUGAAAACUAUUAUUCUUA